ACCUGUCCACUGUCAUGGAAGUCUUCUUUCCAUGGGAUUAAUAGAACAGAACCUAUCCGUUUUACCGCGCAUAAGAUUUGAGUACGCGCUCUAGCUACGUGUUAAUGACAUACACUAGUAUUUUCUAUAAAUCCUCUCUUGUAACUACUGUUCCUUUACCAAACAUAAACUCUAUCAUUUUACUUUUGAUAUCCAUAACAAGCAAGAUGCAGAUUUUCGUGAAGACCCUUGUUGGUAAGACGAUAACGAUAGAUGUUGCAAUUACUGAAACAGUUGAGAGUUUGAAGCUCAAGAUUCUGGAUAAAGAAGGCGUUCCGGUUAAAGAGCAAAGAUUGAUCUACUGUGGAAAACAACUUGAAGAUGAGAAAACCAUCGGAGACUAUAAUAUCCAAAAAGAAUCUACUCUCCAACUUGUUCUGCGAUUGAGAGGUGGAGAUGGACCACUUGAGCUUCGUCAGUGAUCACCUUAGCAGCCGAUUGCAAGUUAAAAUAAGAAUAAAGUACUUUGAACCAAGAAUGGCGUAUAUACACUAAUUACAAUACUUUAUUUUGUUUGAUUGAAUAGGAAGUGUUAACGGUUUGAACUUUGAAGGGUUUCAGAAUAUAUUUGAUACUUG